UAAUACGUGCACAACCAGGUUACGCUCCGUUUCCUCCACGGGCUCCUUCUGAUUGCGCGUUUUCAUUCAAUGAUAGUCAAGCUUUGAUAAAUACGACUACAGUGCUAUCUUCUAAUAACUGGUCGCAACGAAUAAACGGAAUGCCAGACGUCGGAAGAUGCUACAUGAUUGGCGUUCCUAAAAAGGGACAACUAGAAGUCGAUGAGCACUUCUAUGUUUUCAAUGCUUAA